GGAAGUCUGUACGUAGCAUCGGAUCAUUACACUUCUUCAAACCUUCUUUCGAGCCGGUUUAUUCUUCAGAAAAAAAUGAAUUCCCUUCCAAUACGCUCAGGCUUCAGUUCUAUACUUAUCAGCUAAGUUAUAAAAGCAUGUGUAUGGACCACACCAUCCACAAGUACGUCUUCCUCUGCACUGAAGCAUCCGAGUUUAUCCUCUUCCUGUCCGAUGGCUGCGCAAUCUGUCUCAAGUGCCUCAGGCUCUCCUCAUCAUAGCUCUACCGCAAGCUCCGUUGAUUCCGUAAAGUCCAAGCGCGCACGCACAAAGCAUGCAUGCGAUGAAUGCAGAAGAUCUCAGAAAAAGUGCGAUGGCGACAAGCCGCUCUGCCGACGCUGCUAUCUUAAUGGGACGCGUUGCACAUAUACCCCGCAUAAAAGCAGGAGUCAGUGUGCUUGCAUCGGUCAAAGUGAAGAAACCCAUCCAGAAACUUUUACCCCAGACGUGUACAUUUUUCCGGAUUCAUCUUUGGGCUCAUUUCACACCUGGUCGGCUACGAGCUCACCGGAUCAGUCGCCGAGCGCAUCAGGAUCUGUGCUUGAGACUUCGUCACCCACGAAUCUAGGCCAAGAUAAUCGGUUCGGGACAGCACAGAACGCGGUUAUUGAACACAAAGCGACGGCAUAUGGAUCACCAAAGAACAUGACCUCAUCGAAUUCGAUACGGCGUGGCCGACAUCUAUACAGUCAUCGUUCCUAUUCGCUCCCGAGCUUUUUGAAUACGAGCUCCAUUUACUCAUCUCCCCACGCGACGGAAUUCUCGACAUACCCGUUAUCCGCGUCGCUCCCACAUGACCUCGCAAGGCAAAUGCCGGGUAUGCAGGAGAUCGGAGUGAUGAGUUCAGCUCACUCUGCGCUACAAGUCGAACAGGACAUUGAUUUAGUCGCGUUGUCCACAUACGACCAAUUCCGACUCCGGCACACUCAAUUCACACAGGGAAGUGCUGCCCCCACAUGCACUUACAGCGCAUCAUCUCUCCACGACCAAGAAACCUCGGCACGUCUUGACCAAGGACAACUUCGACUCCUCAACGCUGAGGGAUCGAUUCAACUGAGAGAGCAGCAGCUUUACGAGAUGCAGCAGUAUGCCGUAGAUCAAUGCUCUCAGAAUUCUUUCACCGCGAACCCGGUUUCUUUCCCAGCCGAUUACGCAUCAAGUCUUGACCAACCCGCCCACGAAUAUUCAUCCUGGCCCGAGCAAGUGCAUACCCGUAAUGUUGCUCCAGUACCUUCGCACACACGAACAUCACACGAAGUGCCGAGCGCGCCGCAACAUAUUGAAUACGAUGACAUCGGUAAUGCAGGCCACUUUAUCUUCGGGCAGCCGUCGGCCACUCCCGGCCACUUCGUCAGUUCUACUCAGCUAAAUGGGCAUGAUCUGACAGAUCUUCCUUCACCUGCUGUUGACCGCCGAACCAACGGGACGAUGCUACUCCAUCUUCCAUCUCCACGCUUCUCCCAUGUUCAUUGGACGAAUGAGCCUGUGUCUCCACCUCUCAGCGGAAGCUAUCCGUGCUCGGUCAAUCCUAGCCCAUCUGCUUACGGCACGAGCGAUUUUUAUGACUGGUCAAAUUGA